AGGGAUGUCAUCAGGAGGGUUAGGCUCCAUAUAUCCACCUUCCUGGGGGGAAGCUUCCCCAGUACCCUCCCUAGAGAGAGAGAGAGAGAGAGAGAGAGAGAGAGAGAGAGAGAGAGAGAGAGAGAGAGAGAGAGAGAGAGAGAGAGAGAGAGGGAGAGAGAGAGAGAGAGAGAGAGAGAGAGAGAGAGAGAGAGAGAGAGAGAGAGAGAGAGAGAGAGAGAAUCGACAGGGUUAUCCCAUAUGUGAGAACAAGUGAUUAAUUAAGGAAACAAGCAUAC